AAUAAACUCAAGAAAAAUUUACGCAUAGGAAGUUCCUACCACGUUGGCACUUCUUUUCAACCGGAUCCAUUUUAUCCUCCAGUGAAUUCAUCUUCCCUUACUUCGGAGAGCCAUGCAAAGCAAUAUCCUCUUACUGCGACGGAAAGCGCUGCCUUUGUUCGUAAUCCUUUAUCUCUGAUACGUGGCCGAGAACAGGGUCAUAUUGGAGCGAGCCCCAAAGGUCAGUACUUGUGUGCUCAUUAUUCUGGUUGGCGAACUACCGGACCUAAGAGGCCGGAUGGACUAUUGGUUUUUGGUGGGCGAAAAUACGGCACCUGCAAUUGGCCUGCACCACUUACAUUUCAAGAGAGGAUCCUCGGGAGUCUUUGGGCCGUGACGAGACUUCAGCAUGAGAACCUUUUUAAAGUAAGUUAG